AUGCCUCUCACCAGCGACUCGGUCUUCCAAGAGCCCGCCCGGGAUCAGUACAAGUACGCAUCCCGCCGGAGCGUCGUCCACAGUACCGAGGGUAUUGUUAGUUGCUCGCAGCCACUGGCCGCCAAGUGCGGCCUUGACGUUUUGCGUGCAGGAGGAAAUGCAGCUGACGCAGCUGUUGCAGUCGCCGCCGGUCUGAACCUCACCGAGCCGUGCUCUACCGGCAUCGGCGGCGACAUGUUCAUCCUCUUCUGGGACGCCAAAUCUAAGCAGGUAAAGGCCAUGAAUGGCUCCGGUCGCUCUGGGGCCAAAUAUAGUCUCGAACACGUCCGCGCCAAGCUCGGUCUCAAAGACGGCGACGUUGCGAGCAUCCCUAAGAACAGCCCGUUUUCCAUCACCGUGCCCGGCGCCGCGGCCGGCUGGGUCGACACCGUCGAGAAGUUUGGCAGCGGCAGGGUUGAUCUCGCGCGGAUUCUGGCUCCUGCGAUUGAACUUGGCGAGAAGGGUUUUCCAAUCUCGGAAGACGCCGGGUACAGUUGGAUGGCCUCGGAGAAGCAAAUCCGCAAUGCCUCGCCCAACUUUGCCGAGAUGCUAAAAAAAGACCCCUCGGCUGAGGGCGGCGUGCGCGCCCCGCGCCCAGGCGAAAUCAUGAAGAACCCGACGCUGGCGCAGACGUUCCGCACCCUCGCCAUCGAAGGAAAAGCCGGCUUCUACAGCGGGCGCAUUGGCGAGGCGCUGGUUAAGGUGGUGCAGGACCUCGGCGGCGAUCUGUCGCUCGAGGACCUCCAGCACCACCUCGACACGGGCAGCGAGCCCGUGGAGCCCAUCUCGCUCAAGUUCCGCGGACAGGGUCAGGACGCCGAUGCGGGCAUCGAGCUAUGGGAGCACCCGCCCAACGGCCAGGGCAUCGUCGCGCUCAUGGCUCUGGGCAUCAUCCAGGAGCUGGAGAAGCAAGGCAAGAUCCCCACCUUCAAAUCUGAAGACGUCAAUACCACCCCUUACCUACAUGCCAUUAUCGAAGCGCUGCGCAUCAGCUUUGCCGACGGCAGCUGGUUUGUCGCGGACCCGAAUGUCAGCAAGGUGCCCGCAGCGGAGCUGAUUUCGGAGUCGUACCUCGCCGAGCGCGCCAAGCUUUUUGACCCAACCAAGGCUUUUGAGACGGUCGACCACGGAGACCCGUCGUCCGUCUCCCCGGCCCUGCGCAGCAGCGACACGGUGUACUUUACCGUGGCUGACUCGGAAGGCAAUGCUGCGUCGUUCAUCAACUCCAACUAUGCUGGUUUCGGCACGGCCGUCAUCCCCGCGGGCUGCGGCUUCACGUUGCAGAACCGAGGCGCCAAUUUCUCCCUGACACCCGGCCACCCCAACGCGUUGGCCCCGCGGAAGCGUCCGUACCAUACCAUCAUCCCGGCCAUGGCGACCAACAUCCAGGACAACUCGUUGCACUCGGCGUUUGGCGUCAUGGGCGCCUUCAUGCAGCCGCAGGGCCACGUGCAAGUGCUGCUGGGCCAAGUGGUCGGGCGGCUGACGCCACAGCAGGCACUCGACGCGCCGCGCAUCUGCAUCGGGGCUGGGUACGACCAGCCGGACAACGCGACGGGGUGGACGGUGGGCGUAGAGGAGGGCAUGCCGGCUGAGACGAUUGAGGGGCUGAAGAAACUCGGGCAUAACGUCAAAGUGGUCACUGGAAGUGGGCGCGGGCUGUUUGGGCGCGGCCAGAUUAUCCGCUACGUGGUUGACCCAGUGGACAAGACGCCCAUCUGGUCUGCGGGAAGUGAUCCUCGUGCGGAUGGCGGCGCGUAUCCUCUGUAA